UCCGCCUCCAUGAGGAUGCUGGAGCGCGCUCAGACGGACGGAGGCGAGCGCAUCGGGCAGGCUGAAACCACCCAUAUUUUACAUUGUCACUUUUCUAAACUUGCAAGAACUAUGCAUGGGAGUCGAUGCUGAAUAUACCUGGGCGGACUUCUUCUGUAUGCCGCCCUUCCUCCUACUCGUCAGCUGCACCAGCUGUUGCUUUGGGACAAGUGAAGGCGACUCCCACUCUACGGGCAUCGGAUACGGGCAUCACACCACAAUGCGUCCUCUGUCUCCCUGACUCCUCCUAACACAGCGGAUGCUGACUGCCUCAUUAAUAUUUGAUCAGCACCUGGUAUCGCAGCAGCAGCAACUCGCCUCUUCUGAUGGAGAAAGCACAAGCACAAGCACAACAAGCACAGCCUCAGCUGUCUGGAUCAGAAAGUCCUGCAGAAGACAUCUCCAACCUCACGGACGAGGAGCUCCUCCAAUGGAGCAAAGAGGAGCUGGUGCGGCGACUCCGGACGUCUGAAGCCGAUAAAAUAAGCGUUAUUGUGGAUCACAGCAAUCUGAUUCGGGAAGUAAACCGCAGUCUACAGCUGCAUCUGAACGAGAUCCGGGGGCUGAAGGAAGUAAACCAGAAGUUGCAAGAUGAAAAUCGGGAACUGCGAGACUUGUGCUGCUUCCUGGAUGAUGACCGGCAGAGGGGCAAACGAGUGUCAUGUGAAUGGCAGCGUCUGGGCCGUUUCAGUGCCAGCGUCAUGCGUAAGGAGGUGGCACUGUACCUUCAGAAGCUGACCGAGCUAGAGCGCAGGCAAGAGGAAGUGAUUCAGGAGAACCUGGAGCUUCGGGAGCUUUGUGUGCUGAUGGACGAGGAGAAGGGAGGCACCGGAGGAGGCCACAGUGGGACAGGUUCUGCUGGGUGUCGGAAUUCCAUUGACAGCCAGAGUGGGCUCCUGGUACCUGGCUUGAUGCGGGAUGUUGGGGAUGGAAGCAGCACGUCUAGUGCAGGAAGUGCUGACAGCUCUGAGCAUCCACACCAUAAGCCGGCACCAUCUAGUGGAGGAACUGGGAGUAGCAGCCCGGAUCUCCACAAGUCUCAUCCUGGGAAAGGAGGCAGAGGAGAUCGUGGGGAGAUCUCCAGCCCUGACCCUCCUGUCCGACACAGAAGCACCAGCCUGGAGUACCCCUUCAUACUGCCCCAGCCCUGCCGGCCUCGCUGUGGCUCCAUAUCUGUGCCUGAUCAUCGGCUGAUUAGAGGGCUGAGUCCAGAAAAGUACAGCCGGUCACUGGGCCACCGAAGCCCAGAGACUCACCCAAAGCACCAUCUGGCUCCAGGGCAGGCGAUGAGUCCAGAGCUCUACAUCCGGAGGCAUAGGGGAAGCUUAGGAAGUGGACCUGGAAGCCCAGAGCCUAGGCAGGUGCUGCUAGGAGCAUCUGAGCUGCACCUUGAAAAAAGUAAGCUUGGUGGAGGUAGUCCUGAGAUGCUGAGGCACCAAUACAGCAUGAGUCCAGAGCAUGGGAAGUUUGGCAAACCUGGUAGAGAGAUGUCACCACGGAGACUGGCAGAAGAUGAACUUUUGCCACACCAUCGGAGCAUCUACAAUGGCAUGAAUGCUUUGAUAUCAGCAGGCUGCUGCAGCAACAACUGCAGGAAUGUAAAGAUCUGGGACAGUUUUGAUGGGUCCUCUUGAUGUUCUUGCAUGGACAGUCAGCGGUGACACAGAAGCCCUAGGGGUCCAUCUCUUACUACUCAAUUCUUUCAUCUUGUACGCCGGGCCGAGCAGUCAGGGCCCAUUUCUGUUCACAUUGAGGACUGACUAGCCAUGCUGCAAUAAUUUCAAAGAGGACCAGAGUGAUACAGGAUGUUUUCCCUGCAGUUCUGUUCUGGUGUAAGAAGAUGCUCACACAAACAACAGAAACAAACAUACCCAGAUACGCAUACACAGAGCUAUGAGUAUCUAAAUGUUCCCUGUGGUUUACAAAGGCUUAACAGUACUGCAUUUGGGUAAUCAAACACUAGAACCAUCCCUCUCUUUAUAUCUGUGUCUCUGUAUUCCUCUAUCUUUCUGUGUCAUUCUCAGUAGCAAUAGGACACAUGAAACAAGAUGCUGUGGCUUUCUGAAGGUGCUUACCUGCCCUUGAUGUUUAUUUAUGCAGUUAAUUUUCCACCAAAGCUAUCUAUAAAACAGUAUGUGACCAAAACCACUGGCAUUAAUAGGGAGUUACAUAAGAUGCACAAUUAUCUAGAAUUUCAUUGUAUGGAAUUAAAUGGGCGAACUCAUUAAAUAAAAGGGUGUUCACAUACGUGUGGCCAUGUUGUGGAACUCAAUAUUCAUUUUUCAUCCAGACUUCUACAAAGACGUAUCAGUAUCAUGUUUGUUAGGUUUUUCAUAUCUUGGAUCAUUCUUUACAUGACUGAUGCCAGUGUGUGUAUGGUUUAUGGACAUCAAUGAAUACAAAACGGACUCUGUACAUGUUGUCAGUGACUGAACAACCUCAUCAGUGUUUUGCACUGAUUCUAUGUGUGUAUGUAUGUGUGUUUAUUGGCUUUAUUAUUAUUCCCUCCCUUCAAGCUCUUAUAUAAGCUGAUGAGGUGUUUCUUCAUGUUGUUUUAUAUACAGAAGUACAGCAUAGUACAUAUAGUAAAUUAAUGGAUUAGUUUUAUAUGCAUAUAAUAACUAUU